CCUAGUGGUGGACUAUAGAAAGUACAAUUGUUUGUAGCUUGUGUUUCCACCCGAGCCCACUGUACCGAUGCACAUGCUAUGCGGGCUGCGGCGGCUGGUUAGCUCCACACAGAGAGAAAGAAACGCGGAAAGUUGAUAAGUGAAGAAAGAAGGGAGAAAGAAGGUGGAGAAGAAAAAACUAAGAUCGUUAAGGAUUGUUUAGCCCCUCCUGGAUGUCAGUUCACGAGUUCUCACGGGUUGUGAAGACAAGAAUAAACCCUGUUUUAUGAUUCUACGUCGUGCGCUCGUUAAUCCGUGAGGGUGCUACAGUGAGAACUCUUCUGCUCCGCGCGGGUAGAUGAAAGGACGGUGCCGACAACAAGUAGCAGAGGCGCCACGGUCAGUCACGGCUAUGCACAACAAGGACACAGCCAUCGCAGGAAGGUUCAGGUGCCCCCAAAAUAAAUGUCGCCCCAGUUAAAGGACUUACUUGAGUUACUUACAAAAAAUUGACUGUUAAAGGAAUUAAAACCAGCUUCUCAGUAUUGAGGAGCAAAGCAAAGGACUUGAAUAUUUUCUCAUUGUUACAUUUCUACCGCUUGAGUGACUGAUAUUUAUAUAGUAUUAAUUUGAUGUUGUGAUAAGUAAUCUGUGCAAUGUGCAUUCACUGUGUUUAAGUAAGUGCCAGAAGAUACAAUAUUAAUGGCUUGGUAAAGACGUGAUUUAAAGAGUUGCAAUAAUUACUGUGUUUUAAGAUCACAACAGUCAGUUCAAAUAAGACCAAUAUUCAUUUACUCCUCCUUACCAAAUCAAAUUCAGGCUGCUGCAGUCAAUCCUGCACUUAAGGUUAAUUUAAGAGUAAAUAAUAAAAUAAACUCCAACAAUGGCAGAGUUCGAGGCUAAUCCAGAAGUUAAUGAAGAUGGUGACGUGGAACAACUUCCUGCAGAUGAAGAAUUACAAGCAGCAAAAGGCACAGCUGAUGAUGUCUCUACUACCUCACAAAGGGCACAAAGGAGCCAAAGAGUCCGUACGCUGACGGAAAAGGGCCAAGAACUGCACGAUGAGCACAAAAGGAAGGCUGCAUAUCGUUUCAGUGUGCGCUAUGAGAAGUGGAAAGCUGUUGUUAAGGAUGCCAAAGGAGCCAUAGAUGGUCAAUGCUCAAAGGGUCUGCUACAGGAACAUGUCUCCAAGGUUUCAAGUGCUUCUAAAGAUGUGAAUGCUGCCUAUGUAGAGUUGAGACACAUUGAAUCUCCAGAUAAUGAUACAAGACGGAGAAUGGACGCGUGUGAAGCCAUAACAAAGACAAUUAUCGGAGCACUAGAGAGGUGCCCAAGUAGAGCUGAAGUUCAAGGAGAUGAAUGCUUGAGGGAGACUGAGUCUAUAUCUAAGUUAGUAGCCUCAGACAGGAUAAGUGUAAGGUCAGACAACACUAAGCUCUCCUCAAGAGUUUCCACUAGACACUCCAGCAGGCUCUCGGAUAAAAGACAAGAUGCAGCUGCUGAAGUUGCAGCAAAUGAAGCUGCGCUGCAAGUUCUGCUUGAACAAGAAACUCAUAUGAAGGAAAUUGAAAGACAAGAAACAGAAAUAGCACAAAGACAGAGAGCUCUAGAAGCUAAGCGCAGAGAAGUGGAGCGACUUGAGACAGUAAAAAGGCUAAAUGCAGCAAGGGCUCGACAACAGGUGUAUGAACAAGGUGAAUGCUCAGAUGAAGAAAUAUACAGCCUACUUCAUCACAGCUCUGACAAGAAACAUGAAGUCAAGUCUGGAAACAAUGACUCACAUUUCAACCGGUGUCCUUCCCCACAAAAUGUGACACUCCAACAAGAAGUGAAUACAACAGACCUGGUCAAGGCAUUUGCCAGAAUCUCUCAGUGUAAGUCGUCUUCCAGCACCAGAGCCAACAAUAUUCAGCGGUGAUCCUAUUAGAUAUAAUGAUUGGAAGAUUUCCUUUCAGACUCUAAUCGGCAGAAAAAAUAUACCAGUUGAAGAGAAGACUUAUUACCUGAGAAAGUGUGUAAGUGGACC